GGAAACAUCUUCACACGCCUACGCUGUUGUUGGUGCACGAUGGUUGGCUGGGGCUAACAAUGAAUCCAUGCAGAAGUUGUCCGUAUUUCUUAACGAUGGCAACACAGCUUGUGUGAAAUAUGGCAGAUAGGUUUAUCGGAACAUUUUCAAGUUGAGUUUAAACUCUGUCAAAUAUUAACUUCAUCAGAACUAACAACAAUUAUCAAUAUUCAUUUAGAUGAACUUCGGAAUUAUGACAGUGUGUUUCACAUCAUUAGGGAACACAACUUAGUUGCGUGUUGUGUACUUUUUUUCUCUGCUUACAGUUUUAACAAAAUUAUGUUUACGAAGAAAUUUCACUUUGGAAAUAUGCAGUUUAAUUAAGAACAGUUCAAAAAUGGUGGGAAAUUUUUAGGAGAUUUGUGUUUCUCUCAUUCAUUUAUCAAUAGAAGGAUAAUUUGUGCAACGGUUCUAGUAUGUCGCCACUGAGAAGUUUGAGAGAUUGUUGGUACCGUGUUUUAAACAGCGGAGACUCACUGCAGCCAAUGAGAGAAAGGGCGAGAGAGUCGAGAAGACUGGUGCUGGCCAUCGUGUUUCUAACCAAUCUGCUAGAUAACUUAUUACUGACAUCAGUAGGUAUGCAUGUUAUAUAAAGUAUGUUAUAUCAAAGAUUUUAUGUAAAUUAUUAUUUUUAUAAAGUAUGUUUUGAUAUAUAAAUUAUGUUAUGAUAUAUUAAGUAUAUCAUUAUAUAUAAAGUAUAUUACGAUAUAUAAAGUAUGUUCGAUAUAUAAAAUAUGUUUUGAUAUUUAACGUAUAUUAUGAUAUAUAAAGUAUGUUAUUAUCAAUAUAAUAUGUUACGAUAUAUAAAGUAUGCUACGAUAUUUAAAGUAUGUUAUGAUAUAUAGCGUUUGUUAUGAUAUAUAAAGUAUAUUAUGUUGUAUAAAGUAUGUUAGAUGUAAUAUAAAGUAUAGUAUGAUUUUUAAAGUCUGUUAUGAUAUGCGAAGUAUGCUAUAUAAAGUGGUUCUAAUAACGCACCAAACGAUCAUAUUAAGAAGCAUGUAAAAAUGAUUUUUAAAAAUUUAAGUUAACGCACCUAACCAAUUUAAAAAUGAAAUAACGAUCAAAUACAAAAUAAAGUUAACAGAACAUCUUUAAAAAUAUAAUUUGUUGAUGAGUUAUUAUUUUAUGAUGAUAAUUUUUAUGACGAUAAUAUUAUAUGCUGAUAUUAUUUUAUGAUGAUAAUUUUAUGAUAAUAUUUUGUUAUUUAAAUAUUUUAUUAUGUAUCUUUUAUUAUGUAUCUUUAUCAAUAAGUUGAUGAUUUCUUUUCAAUUCCUAGAAAAUAGUAUUAUGGGAAAGAACAUAAAAGUUUGGGCUAUAUGUACUAUAUAGUAAAACAAAAUAUUGCUUUCAAAAAGAAAUUUACCGCAAAAUUAGAUCAUGCGGACUUAAAAAAAAAAAAGGAUUCAACCAAACUUCCGUUCGAUCAAAUUUCCGUCGAUCAAUUUUCCAUCGACGAAAUUUCUUUCAAACAAAUUUCCGGAUACGGAUUUUUGUUUGUUUAAUAGGUGAUGGUGGCUAGAGUUAUGGGAUUACCUUUGAGCUGUCUGCCAGGAUAAUCUUUGAGCAGUCAGCCAGGAUAAUCAUUGAGCUGUCAGCCUGGAUAAUCAUUGAGCUGUCAGCCAGGAUAAUCUUUGAGCUGUCAGCCAGGAUAAUCAUUGAGCUGUCAGCCAGGAUAAUCUUUGAGCUGUCAGCGAGGAUAAUCUUUGAGCUGUCAGCGAGGAUAAUCAUUGAGCUGUCAGCCAGGAUAAUCUUUGAGCUGUCAGCCAGGAUAAUCAUUGAGCUGUCAGCCAGGAUAAUCUUUGAGCUGUCAGCCAGGAUAAUCAUUGAGCUGUCAGCCAGGAUAAUCUUUGAGCUGUCAGCCAGGAUAAUCAUUGAGCUGUCAGCCAGGAUAAUCUUUGAGCUGUCUGCCAGGAUAAUCAUUGAGCUGUCAGCCAGGAUAAUCUUUGAGCUGUCAGCCAGGAUAAUCAUUGAGCUGUCAGCCAGGAUAAUCUUUGAGCUGUCAGCCAGGAUAAUCAUUGAGCUGUCAGCCAGGAUAAUCUUUGAGCUGUCAGCCAGGAUAAUCAUUGAGCUGUCAGCCAGGAUAAUCUUUGAGCUGUCUGCCAGGAUAAUCAUUGAGCUGUCAGCCAGGAUAAUCUUUGAGCUGUCAGCCAGGAUAAUCAUUGAGCUGUCAGCCAGGAUAAUCUUUGAGCUGUCAGCCAGGAUAAUCAUUGAGCUGUCAGCCAGGAUAAUCUUUGAGCUGUCAGCCAGGAUAAUCAUUGAGCUGUCAGCCAGGAUAAUCUUUGAGCUGUCAGCCAGGAUAAUCAUUGAGCUGUCAGCCAGGAUAAUCUUUGAGCUGUCAGCCAGGAUAAUCAUUGAGCUGUCAGCCAGGAUAAUCUUUGAGCUGUCAGCCAGGAUAAUCAUUGAGCUGUCAGCCAGGAUAAUUAUUGAGCUGUCUGCCAGGAUAAUCUUUGAGCUUUCUGCCAGGAUAAUCUUUGAGCUGUCUGCCAGGAUAAUCUUUGAGCUGUCAGCCAGGAUAAUCAUUGAGCUUUGAGCCAGGAUAAUCUUUGAGCUGUCAGCCAGGAUAAUCAUUGAGCUGUCAGCCAGGAUAAUCAUUGAGCUUUGAGCCAGGAUAAUCUUUGAGCUGUCAGCCAGGAUAAUCUUUGAGCUGUCAGCCAGAAUAAUCUUUGAGCUAUCUGCCAGGAUAAUCUUUGAUCUUUCUGCCAGGAUAAUCUUUGAGCUGUCUGCCAUGAUAAUCUUUGAGCUGUCAGCCAGGAUAAUCAUUGAGCUGUCAGCCAGGAUAAUCUUUGAGCUGUCAGCCAGGAUAAUCAUUGAGCUGUCAGCCAGGAUAAUCUUUGAGCUGUCAGCCAGGAUAAUCUUUGACCUGUCAGCCAGGAUAAUCUUUGAGCUUUCAGCCAGGAUAAUCUUUGAGCUGUCAGCCAGAAAAUCUUUGAGCUGCCUGCCAGGAUAAUCUUUGAGCUGUCAGCCAGGAUAAUCAUUGAGCUGUCUGCCAGGAUAAUCUUUGAGCUGUCAGCCAGGAUAAUCAUUGAGCUGUCAGCCAGGAUAAUCUUUGAUCUGCCUGCCAGGAUAAUCUUUGAGCUAUCAGCCAGGAUAAUCAUUGAGCUGUCAGCCAGGAUACUCUUUGAGCUGUCAGCCAGGAUAAUCAUUGAGCUGUCAGCCAGGAUAAUCUUUGAGCUGUCAACGAGGAUAAUCAUUGAGCUGUCAGCCAGGAUAAUCUUUGAGCUGUCUGCCAGGAUAAUCUUUGAGCUGUCAGCCAGGAUAAUCAUUGAGCUGUCAGCCAGGAUAAUCUUUGAGCUUUCAGCCAGGAUAAUCAUUGAGCUGUCAGCCAGGAUAAUCUUUGAGCUGUCAGCCAGGAUAAUCAUUGAGCUGUCAGCCAGGAUAAUCAUUGAGCUGUCUGCCAGGAUAAUCUUUGAGCUUUCUGCCAGGAUAAUCUUUGAGCUGUCUGCCAGGAUAAUCUUUGAGCUGUCAGCCAGGAUAAUCAUUGAGCUUUCAGCCAGGAUAAUCUUUGAGCUGUCAGCCAGGAUAAUCAUUGAACUGUCAGCCAGGAUAAUCAUUGAGCUUUGAGCCAGGAUAAUCUUUGAGCUGUCAGCCAGGAUAAUCUUUGAGCUGUCAGCCAGAAUAAUCUUUGAGCUAUCUGCCAGGAUAAUCUUUGAGCUUUCUGCCAGGAUAAUCUUUGAGCUUUCUGCCAUGAUAAUCUUUGAGCUGUCAGCCAGGAUAAUCUUUGAGCUGUCUGCCAGGAUAAUCUUUGAGCUGUCAGCCAGGAUAAUCAUUGAGCUGUCAGCCAGGAUAAUCUUUGAGCUGUCAGCCAGGAUAAUCUUUGAGCUGUCAGCCAGGAUAAUCUUUGAGCUGCCUGCCAGGAUAAUCUUUGAGCUGUCAGCCAGGAUAAUCUUUGAGCUGUCUGCCAGGAUAAUCUUUGAGCUGUCAGCCAGGAUAAUCUUUGAGCUGUCUGCCAGGAUAAUCUUUGAGCUCUUAACCAGGAUAAUCUUUGAGCUGCCUGCCAGGGUAAUCUUUGAGCUGUCUGCCAGGGUAAUCUUUGAGCUGUCUGCUAGGAUAAUCUUUGAGCUGUCUGCCAGGGUAAUCUUUAAGCUGUCAGCCUCUCCCUUCCAAAAAAUCUAUCGUUGCCCUUUAAAAAAACAAACAAACACGGGACUUGGAAAAAUGGAGAAAAAAAAAAACUAAAUGAGGGAAAAUUGAGACACCAUGAUUAUUUCUGAAGUAAAAAGAACAUUAACGAAGCUGCUUUAUGCAGGUGAACAGUUCAGAACAGUUAAGAAAAAAAUAUUUAUCUUUAUAGGACGUAAUUUUGGCCAAACGUAAGUUUUUAAAACUUGCACACAUUUUGACCAUCCUCGCGCCUACUCAGCCUACCUAUGUACUGCUGGUAUUCUGUAUUUUUCUUAAGUAGCCAUCUCACAACACAUUUGAAUUGGCCAGUUGACACCAUUCACUACUUAUUUGACACCAUUCAGUACUUAUUUGAAACCAUUCACUACGUAUUUGACACCAUUCACUGCUUUUUUAAUACCAUCCACUGCUUAAUUAAAACCAGUCACUACUUAUUUCACACCACUCACUACUUAUUUGACACCAUUCACUGCUUAUUUAAUACAAUUCACUGCUUUUUGACACCAUUCACCACCUAUUUGACACCAUUCACUACACACUUGACAUCAUGCAAUGCUAAUUUGAUACCAUUCAUGAGUCAUUUGACACCGCUCGCUACUUUUUGACAACAUUUAUUGCUUAUUUAAUGCCAGUCACUGCUUAUUUGACACCAUUCCCUAGUUAUUUGACACCAUUCGCUAGUUACUUGACACCAUUCACUGCUCAUUUAACACCACUCACCAUUUAUUUGACACAAUUCACUGCUGAUUUAUCACCAUUCACUACUUAUGUAACACCAUUCGCGGCUUACUGAACACCAUUUACUGUUUAAUUGACACCAUUCACUGCUUAUUUAGCACCAUUCACUGCUUAUCUGACAUCAUUCAUUGCUGAUUCGACACCAUUGACUUCUUAUUGGACAGAAAUCACUGCUUAUUGGACACUAUUCACUGUUUAUUUGACACAAUUCUUAUUAAAAGAAACGUCCAUUUUAUAGUUUUAAUAUUAUUAUAUUUUAAUUUAAAAUUCAAACUACCUCCUUUUGAUUUUUUUCUAAAUGGCUUGACCACAGUCUCUUCUUAAAUCUCCCCCCCCCAACCCCCCAACUCCCCCCCCCACCCUAAAUGUGACGCUCUGCUACCAACUAGUUACAAUCCAUGUUAAUUUUUUGUUUAAGACAAAGAAACAAACAAAAACUUGUUUGAAAAUACUAUUUCAAUGAAUUUAAUUAAUAAUUUUUUUUUAAAUCGCUUUCAGUGCCUAUCAUCCCAGCGUUCCUACUUAAACUCGAUAAAGAGGAGUUUUACGGCAAUCAGCACAACCUCACCCAUCUCCCUCAACUGACCGACCUGUCCGACUACACGCCUUGUUCCAAUGUCUCACUGAGCCCCACGGGGACCAACGAGAGUCUGUUCUAUCAUCACAAGUUCCAACUUGCAGCAGCCGCGUUCAGCGAAAAUGGCCGCGUCGGGUGGUUGCUGUCGUCCAAGGCCGUCGUGCAGCUGUUUGCCAACUUGUUGGUUGGGCCGCUGUGUAACAAGUAAGUCGAAACAAUUUGUGUAAAGUUUUUUGAUCAAGUUAACCAGGGACUCUAAAAGUGAAUAGAUGAAAACUUUGAGUCUCAUUAAUAUACCUAGCAGGGUAUUAAACAUGACUUUCUUAUAAACGGUUUUAAAUUUAUUAUUCUCAAAAUAAAGUCUAUGAUAUAUACGGUUAUAAAGCUUAAUCCAUCUGACAUAGGUAUCUAUAUUCUAUAUUCUAUAUUCUAUAUUCUAUAUUCUAUAUUCUCACUGUUUUUAAGCCUCCAUGAUAAGGUCUUUGAAUUUAAGUUAAUAUACUUGAAUUGUAUCAUUAUCUAAUGAUAUAAUUAGGUACCUUUAAAUGUUUCGUGUGGUCUUUUACGGUGAAUUGCUGAAAUUGCCAGUAUUUUAAGGGUGAUCGUUUGCAACGCAGUCCUUUUUAAUGGCACCUAUAAAUAAAAAUUGCCACAUCUGCACAUAUUUUUUACAGAUGAAAUAACGCCAUAAAUCAGGUCGAUAUAACACUUUAUGCGUUAAACACCUUACUUAGUAGCGUAGUACACGAUAGCUUUAACCUCAUGUAACUAUUAGAAGCUUACUGCAAAGGGGCGUGUUUUAUACUUGAUAUAUUUUCCAGUUACUAUUGUUCAUGUACUGGUAACUUUUGAACGAUUCCUUACCAUCUAGAGUUGGAUACCCACUGCUUCUUUUUGGCGGUACAGUUAUUGUUUUCAUCUCAUCAGUUGGUAAGUGCUCAAAAAUUCAUUUAUAAAACAUUCCCUCACUCACUCACUCACUCAGUCACUCACUCACUCACUCAGUCACUCACUCACUCAGUCACUCACUCAGUCACUCACUCACUCACUCAGUGAGUCAGUCAGUCACUCACUCACUCACUCACUCAGUGAGUCAGUCACUCACUCACUCACUCACUCAGUGAGUCAGUCACUCACUCACUCACUCAGUGAGUCAGUCACUCACUCACUCACUCACUCAGUGAGUCAGUCAGUCACUCACUCAUUCACUCACUCACUCAGUGAGUCACUCACUCACUCACUCACUCACUCACUCACUCACUCAGUGAGUCAGUCACUCACUCACUCACUCACUCACUCACUCACUCACUCAGUGAGUCAGUCACUCACUCACUCACUCAGUCACUCACUCACUCACUCACUCAGUCACUCACUCAGUCACUCACUCAGUCACUCACUCACUCAGUCACUCACUCAGUCACUCACUCACUCACUCAGUCACUCACUCAGUCACUCACUCAGUCACUCACUCAGUCACUCACUCAGUCACUCACUCACUCACUCACUCACUCACUCUCAUACACACACACACAAAUCCCAACAAUAUACAUUAAGUUAGCCUCUAACCACAAAGUAAUGCAUACAUUUCAUCACUUAUAAACGUGUAUUUUAGCAUUGUCUCAUAGAAUUUUUAAAAUCUUGAAAAAAUAAAGCAAUAAUUGAAAUAUUUUUUUCCAUAAGUUUUCGCAUUCGCAGAGAGUUACAUCCCAUUGUUCAUUGCCCGGUCUGUCCAGGGACUGGGGUCUGCAGCAGCCAUUAUUGCAGGUGACGAAAGACACAAAUAAAGUUGAUAUUUGAUACAGUAUAUGCAUAUUCACCAAUCUUUUAUUCUAUUAUCUCAAAAGACAUCUGGAAAUUGAUUUUUUUUUUAAAAACCCUCCGGCCACACCCUUUUACUCUGCCAGCUAAACACGAUGUUAAUGAAAUGCGUGACGUCAUGUACCUUUCCUCUCAGGUAUGAGUAUUGUAGCCAGAAGGUAUCCAGACGACAAGAGUCGCAGCCAAGCCAUGGGGAUCUCAAUGGGAGGUGCCGCCUUUGGAGUGCUAGGUAAACUGGCCGUUGAGAAAGGGAAUGACAGAUCCUUGGAACAGGCUGUUAUGUUAUACAUGAUGUCAUGGGGCAGCCAAGAGAUGUUAUGUUAUAAAUGAUGUCAUGGGCAGUCAAGAGAUGUUAUGUUAUAAAUGAUGUCAUGGGCAGCCAAGAGAUGUUAUGUUAUAAAUGAUGUCAUGGGGCAGCCAAGAGAUGUUAUGUUAUUACAAGGGUUAUUUACUUCAGAAGAAACGGACAAUGCACUUCGUUAGGGUUGAACCGAUUAAUCAGCAGGUAAUAGCUAAUCUGCCUUUCUUUACAGAUACAUUUUCCUUAGGAAACUACCAGAUGUAAAUCUACGUAUCCGGAAAUUUGAUCGAAAGAAAUUUCGUCGACGGUAAAUUGAUCGAAGGUAAUUUGAUCGAACGGAAAUAUGGUCGAAUCUUUUUUUCCGUUUUUACGUUUAAAUUUUGCCUCAAAAGUCUUUUUGAACGCAUUAUUUUGUUUUACUUUAUAGUAUUGGUGCGUUCAAAAAGAAAUUUGACGAAAAUUUUAACGUGUGACCUGAAAACAAGAUUCGACCAAAUUUCGGUCGAUCAAAUAACCGUCGAUCAAUUUACCGUCGACGAAAUUUCUUUCGAUCUAAUUUCCGGUAACCGUAAAUCUCAAGUUUUAGUCCAAUAUUGCAUACUAGUGCUUUGCCGGUUGCAGCUUUUUUUUUUUUUUUUUAAACCAGGUCCGGGUGUAGUAGUAAGAGGGUUAACUUCUCAUUUUCUAUAAUAUGCAACGAAAUGUACCGGCCUGUGUGGUAGUGAGAGUGCAUCGCCUUCGUCAACCGUUUGUGUCAUGAGAUAGCCCACUGGUAGGAACAGUCAGUUGCCCCGGAUCCUGGAAUAGAGAUGACGUUGUACCAACAAAAAAAAAAACCCGUCGGUAGAGAAGACACUGCCGUUCAUUUUAUAACGAAGACUUACGAAAUAACAAUCGCAGAACCAGAAAAGAGAUUUGAAAAUCAGUGCCAUUUUUAACCAAAAAAAUUCCUAUUAAAAAAAAAACAAAAAAAAAAAACAAACAAACAAACCUAUUUAUGCCAGAGUUCAGAGGUCACGCAUGAAGCUCGCCGUGUGACAGAGAAACACGAAUAAUAAAAAAUACCGAAUAAUAGUCGCCUCCCCAUAGAGAAAAAAGAACAACCCUAAAUUACACAUGAAGCUCGCUGCGUCACAGCCUUGUCCCACUCGGCAAUGUUAAUAGAAAACACGUGGAGAUGGGGAGUGUGUGGUGUUGAACAUAUAGAAUUUAUUAUUUUAAUGGGCGGGGGGAUGAAUGUGUAUAUCAAAUUUUAGAGAUGUGUGUAUCAUGGUCAGUUUCCAAUAUUUUUUUAACUUAGAUUAUUAGGAAACCAUGCACGAACAAAUUAGUACUCAGUUGCUAAUCUAGUUGGUGGGUGCAAAAGGGGUGACCACAUUGGACACAAACACUAUGAAAGUACUCGUCGCUUUUGGGAUAAAUAUAUAACAAUAUAUACAUUUUGUGUGCGCUAGGAGCUGCAGUUUUGAGAGUUUAAUCAAGGGACGCCACUGCUAGUAAUAUAUAACUAAUAUUAUUAGACAGUUUAACCCCCCCCCCUCCUUUUGUUUUUGUUUUUGGACAAUGAAAAGUUAAAAUUAAUUCUGUUACAGAAGGUGUCAGAUUUAGGUUAUCUUAUACUUGUAUAGAUAAACAUAGUUUCAAUAAAACUCAAGAGAAUGUCCGCUAGUGUCACGUGUACAAUGGACGGCUUCCUCGAGCGGUGCUCUGCCGGUUCAUUAUUUCAUGGGUACUUGAAUGACGUCAGCCUACAGCGUCAGCAAUACACCCCUUCAUGCAGUGCAGGGGCCAAGAGUUUGUGACCCCCCGGGGCGGGCGGUUCUUGAUGUUACCGCAGCUCACUCACAAAAAACCACAAGCUGUAAAGGGUGCUCAUUAUUUAUAUAUUAUUUAUUGUGCCUGGAACCAAUCGCGUAAACAUAAUGUUGUUAUUUUAUUACUUUUAAUAGUUUUCUGUUACAUUCAUUCCUAAGUUAUUUUUUUUUUUUUUUUUUUUUUUUGGUGUUUAAAAAUAUAAAAUUACAUUCAUUCCUAAGUUAUUUUUUUUUUUUUUUUUUUUUGGCGUUUAAAAAUAUAAAAUUGGAACGUUCAAUAGAGCAAGUAUGAAGGGAGAUAAUCAAUGCGUUUUAUUUUUUUUCUGACGAAGUGGGUUAUCCUUUUGGUGGAAUCAUGUACACUUUCGUCGGAAAGACGGUGGCAUUUCUCGUCAUAGCCGGCCUUCUCCUCCUUGACGUAGGUAACUACUCUUUUAUAAUUCACUGCUUCUUGUAUUUAACUUUUAUGUUUUAAAUUUUAACAAUGCCUAAAAUCCUAUUGUUGUGUAUACAACUCAGCGCUUGAUAGAUGCCUUUGGAAUUUGUAGCACAUGAAAUAAAAAUAUAAUUUAAAAAAAAAUUGACUUCAUUCAUUAAAAUUAGUUAAACUGUCUUUAAAUAUAUGGUUUGGGUUAAACUUUUGAACUCCUUAUGAAAUAACUAAGAAUAUUAAAUUAAUUAUGAUUAGUUAUUGUUAAAAUAGUAUUUCUUAUUUUUAAGAAGCAAAAAAAAAAAAGUGUCAUUUUUUGUGUGCAUAAACAAUUAAUAAAAAUAUUUAAUCUUGAUAUAUGAAUAAUCUAAAUGACUUUAAAGCAAGUUUAUUUUCCAAGAGAGAAUUUUAUUUAAGUAUAAAUAAAGAGCAUUAAAUUAUACAAAUUCUCUAACCUUUAUGCUUGUAUAACUAGAAUGUUGUUAAUACUAUCUAUACGACUUAGGUUCGGAUUUUAGUUUUCCCUUACCUAAGUAUAUGAGUUAGUUAUUAGCGAUGCUAAACUGCUCGAAGACACAGUUCUAGAGAAUUCUAGACCAUUAGAUAAAUUCUAUAGUCUAGGUAGCUGAAACUCAAGACACGGCUUUGGCUUGUGAGAUUCUCAAGCUACCUUUUAAGAAAUAUGUCGUUUUCACCGUGGUAUUUGUCGGAUUAAAAUUUGAAUUGAUUAUAUGUUACGAUGUUCCCUUUCAUAAAAAAAAAUGUUUUACUUUAAAGUAUAAAAAUACAAUUUUUUUUUUUGUUUUGGUGUCUAGGUUUGCAGUGGUUUGUCUUUGGUGUGCAUGUCAAGAGAGAAGUGAGUUUUAGCAACUCCUUAUUAAACAAUACAGUGUGGAAUAUUAAAGGCGGCACAACUGCUUAGAUCAUUUUCUUAUAACAUACCCAGUCCUUUCAACUCCAAAUCUUUCUUAAAAAAGACGCUAUAUAAUGUCAGAAAUCCAUGGACACUAAGUUAAUAUAACGAUGUAGAAGAAGUGCCCAGAGGUCAGAUCAGCGAGUCAUAGACUCCUUGCCCAUUGCUGACAUAAUGUCAUGAAGGUGUAUAUUCCCAACAUUGCCAUGGUGUCACCAAACAGCAGUGGUGACCUGUACAACUAAAGUAUCAUAAGAUGUCACAUGUAAGACCAAGAUUAUCAUAAGAUGUCACAUGCAAGACCAAGAUUAUCCUAAGAUGUCACAUUUAAGACCAAGAUUAUCAUAAGAUGUUACAUGCAAGACUAAGAUAUCAUAAGAUGUCACAUGUAAGACCAAGAUUAUCAUAAGAUGUCACAUGUAAGACCAAGAUUAUAAUAAGAUGCCACAUGUAAGACCAAGAUUAUCAUAAGAUGUCACAUGUAAGACCAAGAUUAUCAUUAGAUGUCACAUGUAAGACCAAGAUUAUCAUAAGAUGUCACAUGUAAGACCAAGAUUAUCAUUAGAUGUCACAUGUAAGACCAAGAUUAUCAUAAGAUGUCACAUAAAGACGAAGAUUUGUUCAGCGAACUAGACCCAUGCUAAACUUGACCCAAACAAAUCCAUUACAAAACAUCACUACUGGUGAAGUGUGACAGUAUGUGUGACCGACGAUUAUUGUUGCGUUUAUUGAGUGAAUUUUGUGACCUGAUUGGCCGGUGUUGUUGUCAUGUUGUAUAACUGGACGUGGUGAAUUGUUUCCGUGAAUGUUUAAACUUAAAUGUGUGGAUAUUGGUUGGAUAAAGAGAGUGAAUGAUCAUGUGAUGUGAAUCAUGUGAUGUGAAUCAUGUGAUGUGAGUUAUAAAAAGAAUGCAGAAUGAGGAAUAAGGAUCAGUUGUUACACAGACCACAGAUGAGCCGGGAUCAUAUUUUACCUUUACAGGAAGCUAACCCAAGGGUCCCAUGGCAUGAAGCCUACCUUAUAAUUCUAAAUAUAACUAUACAAUUAUUGUUAAAAUUUUAUCAUUCCCUUCAUUUUAUCACUGGGAUGAGGCAGGGAUCGAACAGGAAGACUUACGGUAAACAUGAAUAUUUUAGUCGGAACACGGAAAAAAAACGCCCUCUACUGACAACAGACGUAAAUCUAUGUAACUCCUAAAUCCCUAUAAAAAUUGAAAUAGGUUUAUAUAAUUAUAUAUAUGUCUUCUUUCUAACAUCAGAAGUACACUAAUUGUUAUUCAAUUAUUUUAACAUUUACGUUUCAGUCAUACACGGACAUCACGCCGCUGCAUGUCCUGCUCAGGGAUAGGUACAUACUGAUAGCUGUAGGUGAGUUAACAUGGUAGUCGACAUUCAACAUGCAAAAUUAUGAUAGCCACAGUUGAGUUAACACGGUAGUCGACAUUCAACAUGCAAAAUUAUGUUAGCCACAGUUGAGUUAACACGGUAGUCGACAUUCAACAUGCAAAAUUAUGAUAGCCACGGUUGAGUUAACAUGGUAGUCGACAUUCAACAUGCAAAAUUAUGAUAGCCACGGUUGAGUUAACAUGGUAGUCGACAUUCAACAUGCAAAAUUAUGAUAGCCACAGUUGAGUUAACACGGUAGUCGACAUUCAACAUGCAAAAUUAUGAUAGCCACAGUUGAGUUAACACGGUAGUCGACAUUCAACAUGCAAAAUUAUGAUAGCCACAGUUGAGUUAACAUGGUAGUCGACAUUCAACAUGCAAAAUUAUGAUAGCCACGGUUGAGUUAACAUGGUAGUCGACAUUUAACAUGCAAAAUUAUGAUAGCCACAGUUGAGUUAACAUGGUAGUCGACAUUCAACAUGCAAAAUUAUGAUAGCCACAGUUGAGUUAACACGGUAGUCGACAUUCAACAUGCAAGAUUAUGAUACCCACAGUUGAGUUAACACAGUAGUCGACAUUCAACAUGCAAAAUUAUGAUAGCCACAGUUGAGUUAACAUGCCCCUUUCUGUUCCUCUUAUCAUUUAAAGCUUUUCAGACGAAAUAUGCAUAAAAUACUAUUUUUAUAACGUACAGAUUUUAUGGUUAGCCAUUUAAAUAUUUCAUACAUUUUAAUUAGCACAACAAAUAGACUUUUGCUAAGCCAUCAGAUCUUCUAAUCUAAUUUCAAAGCUUUGAUAAAUGAGUGUAAGAGACAUUAGUCUUAAAACUGUGAUGUUCAGUGCUGCUGGGGUUUUAAGACUCAUGACACCGGAUCAUGCAGAAGACACUAUACAUGAUAUGUUUGGUGGAUUGAUAAAAAAAAAUAAAUAAUUCCAAACGUCAUAUCCUGACUAGAAUCCUCCUAACGUUCUUUUAGAACGGUGCCAAAAUGUAGAAAUACUGAAAGAUUGUUUCUUGGUGCAAACAGUGAAUGUUACAUGACUCUCGGAACCAGACAUUUUCACAUUUUAAAAAAAAAUAAACAUAACACACACCUGAAAGAGACAAACCAAAAUUGUAUUUCUCCCGCUCUCUCGCUCUCUCUCUUUCUUAGUCUCUCUCUCUCUCUCUCUCUCUCUCUCUCUCUGUCACUCUCUCUCUCUCUUUCCUUCUCUCUCAAUUUUAUUGCCUCGCGUUUUAAAAAAAACAAUUAAUAAAAACACGCUACAAACACACAGACCAUAGUAAAAGAAUAUACUGUGUGCACUCCCCAGGAGCUGUCUGGCUGACCACAAUGUCCAUGUCUGUGCUGGAACCAACGGUCCCGCUGUGGGUCAUGGGAUUCAUGCAUGUUAAGAACUGGGAGCUGGGUGAGACAUUUAUGAUCAUAUUUAAACUAUUUAUAGCGGCUUAUUUAUUUGUAAAAAAAAUCUAAAUUCUGACUAUUUUUUCCCACUUAUAAUAAAAUAACUUUUUCUUGAAGAUAUUGCCCAUAAUUUUGUAUCCGGCAAUACAACAAAGUUCAAUGACUAGAUGCCAUUUUGUCUCCCCCUUUCAAGGACUUAUUUUCCUACCGGACUCUCUUGGGUAUCUGAUAGGGACAAACUGUUUUGGAAUUGUUGCUCAAAGGAUUGGCAGGUAAAGAAGAUCAGAUUGACGAAGAAAUACCCUUAAAAAUAGGAGAAGAAAAAUUGUUAAACCAAAUUGAAGGCAUUGUUUGACAAAUGCAAACUUUGACAUAAGUGCAAGAUAAUUUAUUGUCGUUUUAUCAAGCUAAACAUUGUAUUGACAAGUACUUCUUUUUAAUUCAAUUAGUGGAUUGCAAAUAUAAAAUGUUACAAUUUUUAAGAAUUAUUUUUCGAAAAUUUAAUUAUAAAUGCAUUUUCUUAUUUGUCCGAUAUGGACAAAGUAACGCGUGCUAACUUUAUGUCUUCCUCAAUUUGUAGAUGGUCCUGUACACUUUUCUGCAUGUUAUUGAUUGCCCUGUGUCAAGUUUGUGUGAGUAAACGCUCUUUUUUAAAUGUUAGAAUAUUUUCCUAGUUAAUGUAAUGUUUUCGUUACCUCAUCAACGUUUUUAUUUGUUAACCAGAAAGAACCCGCCAAACAAUGGUGGCGGCAGUGCUUGAACUUCCGAUCUAUGAAAGUUCUUGACAAAUCAUGUAUUCAAGUUUCGUACCAGCUGCCUCACGAAUUAGUUGCGCUGUGGAAACCCACGGUAGAAUCCCUCAUAUAAGGCGCCUAACUCUUCCCCGAGAUGGGUGAGGGAAGAUAUUAGGACGUAAAUUUUUCCAUCCCGACUCCUGAGAAAGUCGAUCGUGUGCACUGUGCGCAAACACAGUGUCGGACCGACCGGAUGUCUUUGGGUUAGGACGGCCUCCGGCGGAGACCCUGGUCGAGCAGACUCGGGUGGGGGGCUGGCCUGACAAAGAAACAUCCCCGACGUGCCGCUCCGCGGCCCGAUACCGGGUUGGGGAGGGGUGUUUUGGGGAAGGCAUAAAGAGCACAAGCUCGACGGCCCGCUGACGCCAUUUCUUAAAGUAAGAUUUCAGUAACGCACUUUUUAAGAAUCCCAAUUAUUGCCAAUUCCUUCGAAUUAUUGUUAUUAUUAUUUGAUGCGGGACUAUUGAACAUAUCAUGACAGCCAUCAGGCCCGCACCUAGGAAAUUAUGGGCCCCGAGCAGCUGACAGAGUUCGGGCCCCUUUCGUAUUUCAAACAUGUGCGUGUAUUUUAAAACUCGAAAUGGGCGGUUCCCUAUCUAGCUCGGGCCCCUGACAAGUGACAAGGUUGUACACCCCCCCCCUUCUCCCCAGGUGCGGGCCUGCAGCCAGACGUACUUGAAUAUAUGAUUUAUAGAGAUAAUUAUUAUGAGUGAAACGUAAAAAAAAAAAAAUACAACGGAUUUGAUCCAUACAUUUGAUCCAUACAUUUGAUCCAUACAUUUGAUCCAUACAUUUAAUCCAUACAUUUGAUCCAUACAUUUGAUCCAUACAUUUGAUCCAUACAUUUGAUCCAUACAUUUGAUCCAUACAUUUGAUCCAUACAUUUGAUCCAUACAUGUCUGGCUCCUGAAAUGAUCCAUAGAUAAUAUUUAGGGCACAGCUUAGAACGAAUUAGGCAUGUUAAGAUUUCAGAGUUAGUGGCGCCUCGAUUUACUUAUGUAAGUAUACAAAUUACGUAAAGCCAAAAAGCGACGGCACCAUAGAUUCCGUUUGACCAUAGUGCUUUUUACAACAGUGCAACUGUGUGUAGAAGAUAUAAUUUCCAUUUGUUUCAUAUUAAUCAUGAAAAAAUAGUUGAUAUUUAUAAAAUAAGGACUUAUGUUUUUUUUUAAAUUUUAUUGUUUUGUUUCAGCUUCCGUUUGCCACGGCCGUACCACAACUUAUUUUACCACACUUUGGCCUUGGCCUUGGCUUAGGUAAGUCAUGUUAACUGGGUUAGGAUAUAUAUUUAAAUAGUAUUACAAAAGAUGAAAAACGAAUUUUAAAAGGGGGUGUUCGAUAUAAUAUUUAUAUUAUAAGAGUAACUCACGUCACAUACAGACAUACAGACAAACAGAGAGUGCUGGACUAUCUGGACCUAGAUGAAGAGAUAUGAACAUUGUCCGGCAAUUAUCAAGAUGGGCAUCAAGAAGACCAAGGGGCUAUAGUUGAGACUGUGGGUAUCAUAUACCUUAAAGUUGUCCCCAGAACAACGGAUGUCAAUGUAAAAAUGUCAGCUUGGAGAAUACAAACAUGGAACAUCAGCCACUAGAAAGACUUGAAUAUGUUGGAGUACUUUGCUGGCCCAACAAUUUCGAACACGCUUCCUGUCGCUCUCAGAAACAGCCAGACACUGGAGUCUUUCAAACCGAUUUUAAAACAUAUCUAUUUCCCAAACACCUGUCUACCAUCUUCUUCAGCUAACUAUUAUCUCCUAGGUGUAUAGUGCCCUGUGUUGUUCAUGGUUGCAAGGGAUGAAAGACUUAGGAUGGGUAUUCUCGUAUGUAGUUUUCAUAAUGUUGCGCUUUGUAUUCCAAUGUGGUAAAAAAAAGGAGUUUUUUCAUUUCUCUUUUAAUGUGGAUGACUUUGUACCGCGCUUCGAGCCUUUGGGGAUGAAGCGUGAUUUUCGAAUAAGCUUUAUUAUUAUUAUUAUUAUUACUUUGGGAGCAGAGUCACAACAGUUGGAGAAUGUAACAAGGAAAUCAACGCUUGUAUCAGCAAAGCAAAUCACGCAUUUGGAGUGUUGAUUCCAUAUGGUGAUCGAGAAGUAUAUUUCAAGAUCCCUUAUACUUUAUGGACACAAUAUCCACUGUGCCAUACUCGACACUCUGAGCAUCCCGUUAAGUCCAUAGUUUUUAAAAGUGAUCUCUUGAAUGCUCUUCUCUAGACCCACUGCAUAUUAACUAAUCCAUUUAAUCUUUUUGAUCAAAGACAAGCUCAGAUGUGAACUGAGACGCCAGCUAUAAUUUAGAAUCUAAACCAAAAAUUAAAAAAAAAAAAAAUUAAAGGGGAAGUGAUCGACUCAUUUGCUAUUGCAUGUUUUGUAUUAUGAUACCGUCGAUCUACAGGAGUUACCGACGCUGCCAUUAUGCCCUUCCUGGCACUGCUUGUUGACGUCAGGAACGAGGCCUUCUAUGGGUGUGUGUACGCCAUUGCUCAGCUCGCUGUGUGUUUGGCUUACUCUUUUGGUAAGUCAUGUUUGGCUAACUCUUUUAGUAAGUCAUGUUUUGGCUUUCUAUUUUGGUAAGUCAUAUUUGGCUUACUCUUUUGGUAAGUCAUAUAUGGCCAACUCUUUUGGUAAGUCAUGUUUGGCUAACUCUUUUGGUAAGUCAUGUUUGGCUAACUCUUUUGGUAAGUCAUGUUUGGCUGACUCUUUUGGUAAGUCAUAUUUGGCUAACUCUUUUGGUAAGUUAUGUUUGGCUAAAUUUUUUGGUAAGUCAUGUUUGGCUAACUCUUUUGGUAAGUCAAUUUUGGCUAACUCUUUUGGUAAGUCAUAUUUGGCUAACUCUUUUGGUAAGUCAUAUUUGGCUGACUCUUUUGGUAAGUCAUGUUUGGCUAAAUCUUUUGGUAAGUCAUGUUUGGCUAACUCUUUUGGUAAGUCAUAUUUGGCUAACUCGUUUGGUAAGUCAUGUUUGGCUAACUCUUUUGGUAAGUCAUGUUUGGCUAACUCUUUUGGUAAGUCAUGUUUGGCUGACUCUUUUGGUAAGUCAUGUUUGGCUAACUCUUUUGGUAAGUCAUGUUUGGCUAACUCUUUUGGUAAGUCAUGUUUGGCUAACUCUUUUGGUAAGUCAUGUUUGGCUAACUCUUUUGGUAAGUCAUGUUUGGCUGACUCUUUUGGUAAGUCAUGUUUGGCUGACACUUUUGGUAAGUCAUGUUUGGCUGACUCUUUUGGUAAGUCAUGUUUGGCUGACUCGUUUGGUAAGUCAUGUUUGGCUAACUCUUUUGGUAAGUCAUAUUUGGCCAACUCUUUUGGUACGUCCUGUUUGGCUAACUCUUUUGGUAAGUCAUAUUUGGCUAACUCUUUUGGUAAGUCAUAUUUGGCUAACUCUUUUGGUAAGUCAUGUAUGGCUAACUCUUUUGGUAAGUCAUGUUUGGCUGACUCUUUUGGUAAGUCAUAUUUGGCUAACUCUUUUGGUAAGUCAUGUUUGGCUAACUCUUUUGGUAAGUCAUGUUUGGCUGACUCUUUUGGUAAGUCAUAUUUGGCUGACUCUUUUGGUAAGUCAUGUUUGGCUGACUCGUUUGGUAAGUCAUGUUUGGCUGACUCUUUUGGUAAGUCAUAUUUGGCUAACUCUUUUGGUAAGUCAUGUUUGGCUGACUCUUUUGGUAAGUCAUAUUUGGCUGACUCUUUUGGUAAGUCAUGUUUGGCUGACUCGUUUGGUAAGUCAUGUUUGGCUAACUCUUUUGGUAAGUCAUGUUUGGCUAACUCUUUUGGUAAGUCAUGUUUGGCUAACUCUUUUGGUAAGUCAUGUUUGGCUAACUCUUUUGGUAAGUCAUGUUUGGCUAACUCUUUUGGUAAGUCAUAUUUGGCUAACUCUUUAGGUAAGUCUCGUUUGGCUGACUCUUUUUGGUAAGUCAUAUUUGGCUAACUCUUUUGGUAAGUCAUGUUUGACUUUCUAUUUUGGUAAGUCAUUUUUGGCUAACUCUUUUGGUAAGUCAUGUUUGGCUAACUCUUUUGGUAAGUCAUAUUUGGCUAACUCUUUUGGUACACAUUUUUGGCUAACUCUUUUGGUAAGUCAUGUUUGACUUUCUAUUUUGGUAAGUCAUUUUUGGCUAACUCUUUCGUUAAGUCAUAUUUGGCUAACUCUUUUGGUAAGUCAUAUUUGGCUAACUCUUUUGGUAAGUCAUAUUUGGCUAACUCUUUUGGUAAGUCAUAUUUGGCUAACUCUUUUGGUAAGUCAUGUUUGGCUAACUCUUUUGGUAAGUCAUAUUUGGAUAACUCUUUUGGUAAGUCAUGUUUGGCUGAAUCUUUUGGUAAGUCAUAUUUGGCUAAAUCUUUUGGUAAGUAAUUUUUGGCUAACUCUUUUGGUAAGUCAUGUUUGACUUUUUAUUUUGGUAAGUCAUUUUUGGCUAACUCUUUUGGUAAGUCAUGUUUGACUUUUUAUUUUGGUAAGUCAUUUUUGGCUAACUCUUUUGGUAAGUCAUGUUUGGCUAACUCUUUUGGUAAGUCAUUUUUGGCUAACUCUUUUGGUAAGUCAUGUUUGGCUGACUCUUUUGGUAAGUCAUAUUUGGCUAACUCUUUAGGUAAGUCUCGUUUGGCUGACUCUUUUUGGUAAGUCAUGUUUGGCUAACUCUUUUGGUAAGUCAUGUUUGGCUAACUCUUUUGAUAAGUCAUAUUUGGCUGACUCUUUUGGUAAGUCAUGUUAGGCUUUUCUUAUUAGUGGAAUGCCUACAGUUUUAUUUUUUUACAAAAGCUACUGAUCAGACGCUACUAAUAAAUCUACAAAACAUAUCCAAAUUUACAUUAGUGAUGUCCUAUUUUUUGGUGUGUUUUGUCAGUAUUUAACAAACUCUCUUAUAGACUCUUCUUCUAUAUAUUAAAGGCCCAAGAUCAAUUUAUUGAUCAUUUUGGCUAACAUGCAUGUAGAGGGGAUUUGCAAUGUUUCUGUGCCUGGUGUUGAUGAGGGUAUUUCACUGAUUUCAAGGGCUAGUUUGGCAAAGUAGUGCGGCCUCAACCACCUUUUAUCAUUCAAUAGUUUCUCUUAAGUGUUUGAUACGAAGGAUUCAGUAACGUGAAAAAUAGUUUACUUUUAAAAUCUAGUUCUUAGAACUAAUGCUUUUGAGGAUCUCAUUCAAAUAAAAUGAUAUCUCCCAAAGGUCCUCUUGCCGCAGGAAUGGUUGUGAAGGCUGUUGGAUUCCCUUGGUGAGUCAAACGCUGGUAACUAGUUUCUCUGUGUUUAACAUUGGUAGCUAGUUUCUCUGUGUUUAGCAUUGGUAGCUAGUUUCUCUGUGUUUAACAUUGUUAGCUAGUUCCUAUGUGCCACCUUUUAAUUUAAAGAUUUGGAAUUUUUAAAGUGGAUCCUAAGGGAAACUUGAAUAUCAUCAUCCACUUAAGUUAAUAUUAAUAAUAUCUAUAUUCAAGAAUUCUUGUAGAGAGACUCUAAACAUCGGACGUCUCAGCCAGUUGUUGCCGCUUGAGGGCCCCAGGCCAUGUCAGCCAUUUUAUUGUGUUGUUUGAUGACAGGAUUAUCUCAGCGAGUUUAAAAGGGGGAGAGCAGUAAAGUCAUGGAUGUCACACACGCCCAGUAAUCCUGUAAGCUCUCAGCCCAACCACUGCAGGCCAGUGGGGACGGUAUACGGAGUGUACUGGUGGGCUGGUGGGUGGACAGCACAGAACAAACCACGGGGUGGGCUAUUUGGGGGACCACGUGAUGUCAGCUCAGUCCUGUGUGGGUUAAUAAUGACUCUUGUUGACCAGCGCCUUGAUGAGUACAAAGGUCUGCUGCUUACAUAACCAUAAUGCUCUUGAUUAGUACACGGAUCUGCCACUUACAUGACCAUAAUGCUCUUGAUUAGUACAUGGCUCUGCCACUUACAUGACCAUAAGGCUCUUGAUUAGUACAUGACUCUGCGACUUACAUGACCAUAAAUCAUUUGAUUAAUACACGGGUCUGCUACUUCAAUGUCCAUAAUGCGAUGCCAAGAUGGUUAAGCUAAUGCUAGGAAACUCUACUUGCGAUACAACUUUCACACCAUCAUUUGGGCGUGUGCAGUACACCAGGUUUCAUUUACUCUAACGGUUGUUGUUCCUGUAAUGUUGGUGACGAGCUGUUGAUUAAGCGUUUCCAUCAAACGAGUACCUACUUUCUAUUUCAUGCAUUAAACACAACUCAUGUCAACACAACUCAUGUAAACACAACUUAUGUAAACACAACUUAUGUAAACACAACUCAAGUAAACACAUUCAUGUAAACACAUUCAUGUAAACAAAACUCAUGUAAACAAAAUUCAUAUAAACACAACUCAUGUCAACACAACUCAUGUGAACACAAUUCAUGCUAACACAAUUCAUACGAACACAACACAUGCAAAAAAAAACUCAUGCAAACACAACUCAUAUAAACACAACUCAUGUAAACACAACUCUUGUAAACACAAUUCUUGUAAACAAAAUUCAUGUAAACACAACUCAUUUAAACACAACUCACGUAAACACAAUUCAUGUAAACACAACUCACUUAAACACAACUCACUUAAACACAAUUCAUGUAAACACAACUCAUGUAAACAUGAAUUUUUAAAAUGUGUGUCUCUUUAUAACUGUGAAAUAAAAGUACACCCUAAUCUCGUUUAGGCUGAUGCGAGGCAUGGCCGUAGUUAAUGUCAUCUACUGCCCCCUGUGUUACAUCUUGAGCAAGGCGCCCACUUCUCUUGACGAAGAUGUAGGUUGGAAUUGCAUGUGUCCAUCUAAAACAUAGUUAUCUACGAUUGAAUAGUGUUUGACUGAGCAAAAUUGCCAACUUGCUAUAAAUGUUGACGUUGGUGAAUGAUGAGGAAAUAGUUCAAGCGCACCUGCUGUUCAGAUGGAGUGUAAAUGUUAUAUCUUAGGAAUGUUCAGUUGCAUGGAGUCUCAUCGCUUUAUCUGAUGAAUUGUUAGAGAAAUGUUAUGUACUUACGUUAUCGUAGUAAAAAUUGUAUUAGAAGCAAACGUGAUGAUGAAUGUAUGUGUGUUGACAGGUACCACUGAAUAAACCUGAUUAUGAAUGUAUGUGUGUUGACAGGUACCACUGAAAAAAACAUGAUAACGAAUGUAUUUAAUAUUCACAGGCACCACUGAACAAACCAGGCAAGAAAAGUACAAGAUACACACAAGACAGUCAAGUAGCGGACGAGGCCAGCUUCUCAUACGGACAGCUUUUUGAGGACGAGGAUUAAUCACAGGCUUCUCCUUCGUUCAGUAGAUUUUUAUGCUAGUGCCGACGUAGUGGUGACGUAGUGUCGAC